UCACCCUGGGAUGCCGCCUGCCGCCGCCACAGCCGCGGCUGCCGGGCUUGUGGGAUCCGCGGCGGAGUCGGAGCCGGACCCCGAGCAGCGGCGAGAGCCGUGGCCUGAGAGUUUACAGGGGCGGGCCGGCUCAUUCUUGGGGUGGGUGCUGAGGACUGGCGGGCGAGAACCCGGGGCCACCGCCCCCCCUCCCCCGCCCACCCAGGGGUGAGGGAGUGGACACUCGGAGUCCCUGAGGCGGCGGCGGCUGCGGCGGCGGCGGGAGCCGGUCAAAGGGGGCGGCCCCUGGCGGCGACGCCCCCAGCCCAGCCCUGCCUGGCCCCACUCCAUCCCCAGCCCCGGCCCUAUCGGCCCGCGGGUGACGCCGGCUGGGGCACAGAAAGGCGGCUCCGAGGGGGCGGGCGGGCAAUCCGCCCCUCCCGGGUCCUUCCACGUCCCCUCCCGGGAGGGACCCAUACCUGAGCCCGGACCCACCCCCACCCGGGGCCACGCUGGAUCCGCCUCCCGGGCUGGGUCCCGCCCGCCGGCUGCAGGUGGGCAGCAGCGCCCGAGCCGCGGGCAGUGGGCGGCGGGGAAGGAGGUGAGCCGCGUCCGCGCCGGCUGUCGCUCGAGUCCUUGCCCCCGCUGCUGCGCUCUCCUCCUCCCCUUCCCGCAGGCAGGGCGCGGAGCCGCGCGCCCGCCCCGCCGCCGCCGCCGCCGCCUUGUCCCUCAGGGGCACCAUGGAGCUCUCCCUAUCGUGCGGAGGAGCCGCGGAGGCGCUCUCCUGGCCGGAGAUGUUCCCGGGACUGGAGUCCGACUCGCCGCUCCCCCCGGAUGAGCUGGACGCUGUUGUCCCGGUCAGUGGGGCCGUGGCCGGUGGCAUGUUGGAUCGGAUCCUUCUGGAGUCCGUGUGCCAGCAACAGAGCUGGGUCCGGGUGUACGAUGUGAAAGGGCCACCUACCCAUCGUCUGUCUUGUGGCCAGUCACCCUACACUGACACAACAACAUGGGAGCGGAAGUACUGCAUCCUCACAGACAGCCAGCUGGUGUUGCUCAACAAGGAAAAGGAGAUACCUGUGGAGGGAGGACAGGAGCAGCAGACAGAUUCCACCAAAGGGCGAUGCCUGAGGAGAACUGUCAGUGUCCCUUCCGAGGGUCAGUUUCCUGAGUACCCACCAGAGGGCGCCGCUAAACUGGAGGUGCCAGCAGAAAGGUCCCCCCGCAGACGGAGUAUCUCAGGGACCAGUACAUCAGAGAAACCCAACUCUAUGGAUACUGCAAAUACCUCACCCUUCAAAGUACCAGGGUUCUUCAGCAAGCGCCUGAAAGGCUCCAUCAAGAGGACCAAAAGCCAAUCAAAGCUUGACCGAAACACGAGCUUUCGGCUUCCCUCCCUUCGCAAUACAGAUGACAGGUCUCGUGGGCUGCCUAAACUAAAAGAGUCACGUUCCCAUGAAUCCCUGCUGAGCCCAUGCAGUGCAGUGGAAUGUCUGGAUCUUGGUAGAGGGGAGCCCGUAUCAGUGAAGCCACUUCAUAGCAGCAUCCUUGGACAAGACUUCUGCUUUGAGGUUACCUACUUAAGUGGAAGUAAAUGCUUCAGCUGUAACUCCGCUUCAGAGAGGGAUAAGUGGAUGGAAAACCUUCGCAGGACAGUUCAACCAAAUAAGGACAAUUGCAGACGAGCUGAAAACGUUCUCCGUUUAUGGAUUAUUGAAGCCAAGGACCUUGCCCCUAAAAAGAAAUAUUUCUGUGAACUGUGCCUUGAUGAUACCCUCUUUGCUCGUACAACCAGCAAGACCAAAGCAGACAAUAUUUUCUGGGGUGAACAUUUUGAGUUCUACAGCCUUCCACCUCUUCACAGCAUCACAGUUCACAUUUAUAAAGAUGUGGAAAAAAAGAAAAAAAAAGACAAGAAUAAUUAUGUAGGGCUAGUCAAUAUCCCCACUGCCAGUGUGACUGGUCGCCAAUUUGUAGAAAAGUGGUACCCAGUGAGUACACCUACACCCAACAAAGGAAAGACAGGAGGACCUUCUAUUCGGAUUAAAUCACGUUUCCAAACUAUCACCAUUCUGCCUAUGGAGCAAUACAAAGAGUUUGCAGAAUUUGUCACCAGCAACUACACCAUGUUGUGUUCUGUUCUUGAACCAGUAAUUAGUGUGAGAAAUAAGGAAGAGUUGGCCUGUGCCUUAGUGCACAUUCUUCAAAGUACUGGCAGAGCCAAGGAUUUUCUGACCGACUUGGUGAUGUCUGAGGUGGAUCGUUGUGGAGAGCAUGAUGUCUUGAUCUUCAGAGAGAACACCAUUGCCACCAAAUCCAUUGAGGAAUACCUCAAGUUGGUGGGACAGCAGUAUCUUCAUGAUGCAUUGGGGGAGUUCAUCAAAGCUUUGUAUGAGUCAGAUGAAAACUGUGAAGUGGAUCCCAGCAAAUGUUCAUCUAGUGAACUGAUAGACCAUCAGAGCAACCUGAAAAUGUGCUGUGAGCUGGCUUUCUGCAAGAUCAUCAACUCUUACUGUGUUUUCCCUCGUGAGCUGAAAGAAGUGUUUGCAUCCUGGAAGCAGCAGUGCCUGAACCGCAGCAAGCAAGACAUCAGCGAGCGGCUCAUCAGUGCCUCGUUGUUUCUCCGUUUUCUGUGCCCGGCCAUCAUGUCUCCCAGUCUCUUCAACCUCAUGCAGGAAUAUCCUGAUGACCGCACAUCUCGGACUCUAACUCUAAUUGCCAAGGUCAUCCAGAACCUGGCCAACUUUGCCAAAUUUGGUAACAAAGAGGAAUACAUGGCAUUCAUGAAUGAUUUUUUAGAACACGAAUGGGGUGGAAUGAAGCGCUUUCUUUUGGAGAUCUCUAAUCCGGACACCAUCUCGAACACCCCAGGCUUUGAUGGUUACAUUGAUCUGGGCCGCGAGCUUUCAGUUUUGCAUUCCUUACUGUGGGAAGUAGUUUCCCAACUUGAUAAGGGUGAAAAUUCCUUCCUACAGGCGACCGUGGCAAAAUUGGGACCUCUCCCUCGUGUUCUUGCUGAUAUUACCAAAUCUCUGACUAAUCCUACACCAAUACAACAGCAACUGAGACGCUUCACUGAGCAUAACUCCAGUCCAAAUGUCAGUGGAAGCCUCUCCUCUGGGCUGCAGAAAAUUUUUGAAGACCCUACUGACAGUGAUUUGCAUAAACUAAAAUCUCCAAGCCAGGACAACACAGAUAGCUAUUUCAGAGGGAAAACGUUAUUGCUGGUUCAGCAGGCCUCCUCCCAGAGCAUGACUUACUCUGAAAAGGAUGAAAAGGAAAGUAGCCUACCUAAUGGCCGGAGCAUCUCCCUCAUGGACCUUCAGGACACUCAUGCCGCCCAAGUGGAGCAUGCGUCUGUCAUGCUUGACAUGCCGAUGCGCCUGACUGGAAGCCAGCUUUCCAUAACCCAGGUGGCCAGCAUCAAACAACUUCGGGAAACCCAGAGCACUCCCCAGAGCGCACCCCAAGUGCGGAGGCCCCUGCACCCAGCCUUGAACCAGCCUGGCAGCCUCCAGCCCUUGUCAUUCCAGAACCCUGUCUAUCACCUCAAUAACCCAAUUCCAGCAAUGCCAAAGGCCUCUGUGGAUUCCAGUUUGGAGAACCUAAGCACUGCCAGUUCCAGGAGCCAAAGUAACAGUGAAGACUUCAAACUCAGUGGACCCAGCAAUAGCAGCAUGGAAGAUUUCACCAAACGUAGCACUCAGAGCGAGGACUUUUCCAGGCGGCACACUGUGUCGGACAGACACAUACCUCUUGCUCUGCCACGGCAGAAUAGCACGGGGCAGGCCCAGAUCCGAAAAAUGGACCAGGCUGGGCUAGGUGCCCGAGCCAAAGCCCCACCAUCUCUGCCACACAGUGCUUCCCUACGAAGCACCGGGAGCAUGUCACUGGCAUCUGCGGCUCUGGUGGCUGAACCUGUGCAAAAUGGGAGCCGGUCCCGGCAGCAGUCCUCUUCCUCCAGAGAGAGCCCUGUUCCCAAAGUGAGAGCGAUCCAGAGACAGCAGACACAGCAGGUUCAGUCACCUGUGGACUCUGCCACAAUGUCCCCAGUAGAGAGGACAGCAGCCUGGGUUCUGAACAAUGGGCAAUAUGAAGAGGAUGUAGAAGAAACCGAGCAAAAUCAAGAUGAAGCCAAGCAUGCCGAGAAGUACGAACAGGAAAUUACGAAACUGAAGGAGCGCCUGCGAGUGUCCAGCCGGCGGCUAGAGGAGUAUGAGCGCCGGUUGCUGGUGCAGGAGCAGCAGAUGCAGAAGCUGCUGCUGGAGUACAAGGCCCGGCUGGAGGACAGCGAGGAGCGGCUGCGCAGGCAGCAGGAGGAGAAGGACAGCCAGAUGAAGAGCAUCAUCAGCAGGCUAAUGGCUGUGGAAGAGGAAUUGAAGAAGGAUCAUGCUGAGAUGCAAGCAGUUAUCGAUGCAAAGCAAAAAAUAAUUGAUGCACAGGAAAAACGGAUCGUGUCGCUGGAUUCGGCCAACACCAGACUGAUGAGUGCGCUGACCCAAGUGAAGGAGCGGUACAGCAUGCAGGUCCGCAAUGGCAUCUCCCCCACCAACCCCACCAAGCUUUCCAUCACGGAGAAUGGUGAAUUCAAAAACAGCAGCUGCUGACGGGCUUUGUGAAUAGACAGACUGUGGGAGGAGACAGAAGGAAAUGCCCCCGCUCUCCUAUCCCCAGCCCUCUCCCCAGCCACACCAGGUUUACAGAAUGUUGCUACUUCAGAACAGCAGGGUGGCGAGCAACUCUCCAAUGAAGAAAGGAACCUUGUCUUUCAGGGCAUAAGGCUAAGACUUCCAAGGUCGACGCUCCCCCCCCCAC